AUGAUCGAUUUACUUAGAAGAGCUUUAUUUCCUAUAUAUAGAUCAAAUCCCUUUCUCAGCAGAAGCUUUCCAAAUAGAAUUCAUAUCGUAAGGUCUCUCCAUACUCCGAUGAUAAGAAGCAUAAAUACGAACAUUGUCUUGAACGAGACAGAAAGUCAAAUUCGAUCUUUACUAGUAGAAUUUUGCGACCACUAUAACCAGAGCGUGGUAGAUAACUUACUUGAACUUAGGAUUACCGGAGGCUGGGUUAGAGAUAAGUUGCUCGGCAUUGAAAGCAAUGACUUGGAUAUUGCAAUUAACCAUUUGUCUGGUGAAGAUUUCGCCUCAAGAUUAUUUGACUACACACAAGAGAAGUAUCCGGACUUGACUUUAAAGGCUGUACAUACCAUCAAAAAGAACCCUGAAAAGUCUAAGCAUUUGGAGACAUGUACCACCAAGUUAUUUGGGCUUGACAUUGACUUUGUCAAUUUAAGAUCUGAAGCCUACACCGAAGAUAGCAGAGUGCCUAUCAUCGAGUGUGGGACUGCGGAGGAAGAUGCUUUGAGAAGGGAUGCUACUUUGAAUGCAUUAUUUUAUAAUUUGAAUAACAACGUAAUUGAGGAUUUUACAGGAAGAGGGUUGGAAGACUUGACCAACGGUAUCUUACGAACCCCACUUCAGCCAUUGCAAACCUUUUUAGAUGACCCUUUGCGAGUGUUGAGACUCAUCAGGUUUGCCUCAAGAUUUGACUUCACUAUAGAAAAGGAUACUUUGAAUGCCAUGAUUAAUGAUGAUAUUCAUUCCACAUUAAUCCAUAAAAUUAGCAGAGAAAGGGUGGGAGUGGAAGUCGAGAAGAUCUUAACUAGUAAGAAUCCAAUGUAUGGUUUGAGAUUGAUUAACUUUGUUGGCUUAACCGAAAGCAUUUUCAACCCUGGAACCAUGAGUAGUGUAAUUAAAGAGGUAAAUGAUGCACAAACCUUGAAAGAAUUAAAGAUAGGGGAAAAGGAUGUCUUUGAGAUGAUUGACCUUAGUACCCAGAUGUGGAUCAGUUUGCAGAAGAAGAUGGAUAUGUCCAGCUUUCCUCGAAUUUCCAAUCAUUUUAACAGCAUAAUCACAAACAAGCAAUUGCAGAAGUUGUUUUGGCUCUCCAUUAUCCUACUUCCUUACAAGGAUUUGCAAGUCAGAACCAAUCUGAAGAAACCAACCCUUCAACUCAUAUCAAACGUUAUCCUUAAGGAAGGUCUCAGAUUUGGUAAGCAUGACUUUGAUAUCGUCACAAAUAACAUCAAAUUGAAUGUAGAGAACUACUCUACGUUGGAGAAGGUAUUCCGUACUCCAGAUUCUAUUUUACGGUCCGAAUUAGGGCUUUAUUUGAAAGAGUGUGGAGAGUUCGUAGGGUUAAAUUUAGCGUUUAACUGUUUCAAUGAUUUGAUUUCCAGUCAACAGGCUUCAGUCGAAUCAAAAGCAGAAACUCAGCCAGUUCCGAACCCAGACGCUGAUUCAAUACCAGAUGCAAGCCAGAUUGAGUCAGUUCUUGAAAACUACGAGAAAGUUUGCGAGGUGAUUGAAACAUUAGGUCUAGAAAAUAUCCCCAAAGUUCUCAUCGUCGACGGUAAGACAUUAUUGAAAGUGUUGCAGAGAAAACCUGGCCCAUGGUUAGGGAAGAUCAACGAACAGGUUUUCAUUUGGCAAUUGAAUAAUCCUACAGGAACGGCUGAAGAGUGCAUUGAGCAUGUGAAAGAAAUCUUACCAAAUUACGUCUAG